GAGCCGGGAGCAGACCCUGGUCCUGCACCCUGGGAGCUCAGACAGCCCAGGCAGCCUGAACUUUGUUCCCUGGACGCCCACCCUCCCACCUGUACCCGCAAGAGCACGGGGACAUCCCAGGUGACUGUAGCAGGAGGAGGAGCUUUGCUAAGCACCUCAGGGUGUCUGAGGACAGACCCACUGGUCGCUGGGCACCUGAUUUCCCCACCCGACUGGGCCUCGGGCGGAGACGAGGUUCUUGCUGCUCUAGGUUCCUGUCCAGGCUGACCAGGCCCUGCCCGUGGGUGGCAGCAGCCCUGCCGAUGGCGUUCACUGAGCUCUUGGGACUAGUGGGGGACAGAGGCCGCUUCCAGACCCUACAGAUCAUCACCCUCCUCCUCCCCAGUGUCCUGAUCCCCUCUCACCUGCUUCUGGAGAACUUCACAGCGGCCAGCCCGGGCCACCGCUGCUGGGCGCCCACACUGGACAACAGCAGCUCCAGGGUGCUCGCCAACCUGUCCCUCGGAGCCCUGCUGAAUGUCUCCAUCCCGCCCGGCCCCCACGGGGCGCCCCAGAGGUGUCGCCGCUUCCAACGCCCGCAGUGGCAGCUUUUGGACCCCAACGCCCCAGCCGCCAACUGGAGCGAGGCCGCCACGGAGCCGUGCGUGGACGGCUGGGUCUACGACCGCGGUACCUUCACCUCCACCACCGUCACCCAGUGGAACCUGGUGUGCCAGUUCGAACACCUGAAGCCCCUUGGCCAGUCCGUCUACAUGGCCGGGAUUCUGCUGGGAUCCACUGUGUGGGGCCUCCUCUCCGACAGGUUCGGGCGCAAGCUGCCGCUGAGCUGGUGCUGCCUGCAGAUGGCCCUGAGCAGCACCAGCGCCAUCUUCGCCCCGAGCUUCCUUGUCUACUGCGGCCUGCGCUUCCUGGACGCCUUCGCGCUGGCCGGCGUCAUCAUGACCUCAACCACACUCAAGCCAUCAGGGACCCCCAUCUCUCAGUCCCGAGUUAACUGCCUAGCACGCGAGCACAUGUCUUUCCCCACUCUCACUGCAGCUGGAAGAUCCACUGCCCACCACGCUUCCCCACCCCCUCCUCCAGAAGGAGCCGAGCAAGCCAAGACCCAGCUUGCUGCCUGCUUCCUCUCCAGGUGGCUGCCGGAAUCUGCCCGGUGGCUGAUUACCGUGGGCAAAUCAGACAGGGCCCUUCAGGAACUCAAGAAGGUGGCCAGGAUCAAUGGACACAAGGAGGCCUACAAGACACUGACCAUAGAGGUGCUGACAUCUAGCAUGCAGGAGGAGCUGGCCUCUGCUAAGACCAGCCCGUCGGUGCUCAACUUGUUCCGCCUGCCCGUGCUCCGCCGGAGAACCUUCGGGCUGCUGGUGGUGACAUUCUCCCUCACGUUCUCCUACUACGGGCUGGUCCUGGACCUGCAGAACCUGGGCAGCGACGUGUUCCUCUUGCAAGUGCUCUUCGGAGCCGUGGACUUCCUGGGCCGGGCUGCCACCCCCUUGCUGCUCAAGUUCUUCGGCCGACGCCUGACCCUCGCCAGCACCAACUCCUUGGCCGGUGUCUCCAUUCUGGCCAACGUGCUGGUGCCACAAGAUUUACAGGCCCUGCGCCUGGUCCUGGCCGUGCUGGGAAAGGGCUGCUUCGGGAUAAGCUUGACCUGCUAUGCCCUCUACCGGACCGAGCUCUUCCCCACCUCGCUGAGGAUGACGGCAGAAGGCCUCCUGCAGACAGCCUCCCGCCUGGGGGGGGUGAUGGGCCCCCUGAUCAAGAUGACCCGCCAGACGCUGCCCCUGCUGCCCCCCCUCUCCUACGGAGUCAUGCCCAUCGCCUCCAGCUUCCUCCUGCUGCUCGUCCCAGAGACCCAGGGGCUGCCCCUCCCGGACACCGUGCAGAGCCUGGAGCGCCAGAAAAAAUCCAGGCCGGCCUGGGGCGACCAGCAAGAGGUGGUCAGCACUGUCAGCACCCGGCUCUAACAGUGCGGUCUGCGUGGAGCCCCCGGUGGGCAGAGAGCCCCGCGGAUGGCGCGGCCGCCUCCCCAAGCAGGUGCAGCUGCGCGGGGCCAUCGGAGGGUCCAGUGGGGCUGAGUGGCCAGCAAGGCCGAG